AUGAGUGAUUUAAAACUGGGCAUAACAGAGCUUGAUAACUUAUCUGAAAAAAAUGAUGGUAAUACUCCCAAGAAUGUUAUGAAAAAAGUACGGAAACCAAGGUCAAAAAAAGUAAAUAAGUUAUCUGAGUCUCAAAUUAAGAUGAACCAUGUAACUUCUGAGCAAAAGAGGAGAAUGUUGGUGAGAUCAAUUUACGACGAUUUAGUUGAAGCAGUGCCUGAUUUGUCAGCUGAAGAAAGCAGAUCAGAGUUAUUGAUAUAUCUUAAGACAGUGAAUUAUAUGAAUUGGCUCUACAAAAGGAAUGAGGUUUUAAGGACUCAAUUGGUGAAUAAAUACAAGGAACGUGGAAUGUAUAAUAAAUAUUCUAUUCCACAGAAUUUAAUAUGGGAACAAAAAAGGAAUAAGAAUCCGAAUGCUUAA